GCCAUGUCACUCUCACAUUCGUACACCUGUCGUUGGGUUCUGCCUGCCACACAGCGGCCCGUUCCCCUCCAUCCAUCUUUGCAUGCUGUCGACGGGUUUCACUUGACACAUACAUGCGUGUCUCUGUCCGUUGGUGUUUGUUCAUCUGUAGUCAAUGAACUGAUCGCUUCAGUGUCCGAGUGCUGACCCGACGUGAGGUCUGGCUGGCUUGGGCAGCCUGGCCCUCUUGGCUGGGAAGCGUCUUCGUCGUCUCUCUGCCGCUGACACCUCGAGGGGCACUGGGAGAGGCGCAGCCUGUGCCUGAAUACACAUGCGCGCACAUACAAACAUCAAUCGAUGGGAGACACCUUUGUGUGUGUGUGUGUGUGCUCUGCUUACUUGGAGCUUCCGGCAGUACUCUUGGCAAGGAGAGCCGUGGUAGAGGUGCCUGGGCUUCUCCUUGCUCUUGCGGAGCAGCAUGCCGCCAGCCGUGAUGCACUUGCAGUCUACACACACGUAAAGAUACAUGGACCAACCCAUUCGAUCACAUGGCAUGAGGUUCGCGUACCGCAUGGCUUGGGGAGUCGGUCGACUGGCGGUAGUUCCCCGAAGUCAGCGAUGCUCUUGCCCGGCACAGGGAAGUCAGGCAGACGAGGCUCGGGACCUGACCAAUCAAUCAAUAAACAAAUUGCACAUACAUGGAUGGACGCACGAAUGUGCGCUGAGUGCAUGGGCCACAUGUGUACUGACCGAGGACGAACGGCGAGGGGGCGGGCGUCGCCACUGCACACGCACGCACACACAGAGACAGGCAGAGGGAGACAUGACAUACACAGUCAUCUGUUUAUGCCUCUCUGCGUUCUGUUACCGUCGAAGAGGUCGGUGGGUGUGGCAAAGUCGGGGUCCUUGGGUGGGCAUUUCUUGGGGAAUGGAUGCGCGUCGUCAUAGGUCGAGUACUGCGGCGGGAUGAGGUUCGUGUUGACAAACAUCGAAAAGGCGCACAUCGGCGGCAAACUCACCCUCGAGCACGGACCCCUGCACUCAUUAACACACAUACGCACACGACACAUGCAGCCAGCGUGUCUGUGUCGCGUAUGUCAGUCACCUGACCUGAUGUCGUUGAACCAAAAGCCAGGGCACAUGAGCAGCGUGAGGAUGCAUUGCGGGAAGCAGAGGGGCAUGCCCAUGACUUGGUGCUGCACAUACAUGACAGAGCGAAGCAUUAAUGACAUUCAUUGCCCUGCAGUGCAGUGCAGUCGGGGUCUUCUCCCCCUUCAUCGCCUUACGAUGCCCGGGGGGAAGAAGCACAUGAAGAAGAUCGACGCGCAGUACAUGCCCAAGUACGCCAUCGCGCACCGACGGUACUUCUUGUCGUCCGUCACGCCAACCUUCGCUCGGUACUUGGCCUGACAAAGAAACCAAUCAAUCACACGAUAGAUAUGAUAUGCACACACAGCGUGUGUCUGUGGGCGUCCAUCUCUUUAUGUGUGUGUCGUACCGGGAAUGAGCUGAUGACACCGUUCAUGAUCGAGUCGGUCACGUCGGCCUCGACGAAGUCCGGCGCGCUGAUGGGAUACAGCACCGACCCGAUGCAGUUCUUGCCCGUGAUCAUAGGCAGACAGGGCAGCGGACGGGCGAUCCAGAUGGGCGACGGGAUGAGCGGAGGAACAAUGUCCACAAUCUGCACAUACAGGACAGAGACACAUAUAAACACCAUCUGCCCAUCUGUCCAUGUCUCCCUUCGCCCUUUUACCGUCGCGAGCGAGCCUUGCAGCAGGCCCUUGACACUCAUGAUGGCCAUCGUCGUGAGCAUGGCGACAGGUGGGACCAUCGCGGCUGCAGGUCCGGUGGCCGCAGACAGACUGGCAGUGAGAGACUGACCCAGGUCUUUGCCGAAGAUCCGCCGCACCGGGCUGACAACACACAAGGCACACCCGGUGUGUCUCUGUCUUUCCAUCCAUCCACCUUGGCAUUGCAUACCCGCCCGGAUAUGGCGCCUCGUGUUUGGGGUGGUCGCUCUCUGGCUGAGGCGGUGUGCUGUCGUCGCAGUGCGGGCUCGUGGCGUCGUAGUGAGACUCCGACAGCUCCUGUGCGAACCGCGACAGCUCGAAGUCGUCCAAUGCGAGUGACAAGAAACGCUCGUACUCAGCCAUCGGAAACUGCAUGGAAUCACACACACACAUCAGUGGUGUUGUGCGGUGUUGCGUCUCAGCAUCUUUGCGUGCACACAAAGAGAGCCAAGCUCGGAAGCAUACCUGUUUGAGAGCCUGUGUGUAGAUGGCGUCGAAGUGUUGUCUGAUGACACUUCUGUCGUGUUCAUCGCGAGCAAACCCAGCCACGAGGUGGAACAGGUCGUUGGCCGUCGGCUUGAAGAUGUCACAAUUGGCCGGAAGCGACGGACGCUGCACGUCAAUCCGGAUCGUGUCGUUGGUCGCGUGACACUCCGGGACGGCGAGCAGAAUCAACAACGCAGCUUGGCACAACAAGAGCGUCAU